GACCGCUGUAUGGGUCCUCCUUCAAGCUGUCAAAUGUGAUUUAAAAGAAACAAGAAAACAGGGCAGAGAACCAGAGGACGUCUGUUUGCAAAACUGUCAUGUUUGGGAUCAUAUGGAAAUUUCAACCCUGCACCAUUUGCACGUGAAUCUUCUAGUGAAAACAAGUGGCCCGUGGCGGGCAACCAUUUAGAAAGCAGAGCUUGAACACAGACCUCUUUUAAUGAUGGAUAACUACCUGGGCAUGUAUGAAGAACCAGCCGAUUCAACGAAACAGCAGGAAAGGCAUUACUAUCUCCUGUCCGAGCUCCAAAACCUUGUGAAAGACUUGCCCAGUUCAUUCCAGCAACGCCUGUCGUACACCAUGCUAAGUGAUCUGGCAUUGGCAUUGAUUGAUGGGACAGUAUUUGAGAUUGCCCAUGGUCUGCUGGAUAUCCAACACCUGACAGAGAAAAACCUGUACAACCAGAGACAGAAACUGCAUGGCGAGCACAGAGGACUCAAGCAAGAACUGGUUCGGAAACACAAGGAAGCCCUGCAGUCAUGCAAAACACACAACCUGUCUGUUCUUAGAGCAGCCCAGCAGAGGGAGCUAGAGGCUCUGGAACUGCGUGUUAAAGAUGAACAAAGGAUGAUGGAUGAAAAGAUCGUUCUAGAGCUGGAUCAGAAAGUGGUUGACCAGCAGAAUACCCUGGAGAAGGCUGGGGUUCCUGGAUUCUACAUAACAACUAACCCCCAGGAGCUGACGUUACAGAUGAACUUGUUUGAAUUGAUUCUAAAACUGCAACAGAAGGAAUCUCAAUCCGGAGGUCUUUUGAAGCACUGAACCUCCUGACUCUCCGGAUCUUUGAAAUCCCACACGGUUAUUGAAAAACAGGUUUUCUGGAUCUGAAAGGGACUCCUCAGGCUUGUAAUGUUUGAAAGAGGCAGACCAAUCGAGAUGUGUCUAGUCCAUGGAUCCAAGGAAGUUGUUCUUGAAAGGGACUUUCAACAGAUGAUACUAAUGGUACUAUUCUAUUUGCACUAUGAAAUGGGAAAGUAAAAAUAGAUAUUGUCUUGUUUAAAAUCAAAUUGAGGGUGCCACUGGUUCCAUUUAUUUUACAGGUUGAUCUUAAGCAAAGGUCUUGCUGACAGUCCUCAAAUAAUGUUUCAAAUCCAUUCCAGAUCCAAAAAACUUCAUUACUUUGAAAGAAAACUGUCCCAGUUUAAUUUGAGUUUAGUACUUACUCAGACAUCUGUUCUGAAGAAAUUGUAGUUGUAUAUAAUUUUGUGUUUUAACCCUGUGGACUGAUUCUUCCAUUCAUAUUUGUUAGAUCUCCAGUGAGUACAGUGUCAGUGGGUAUGAAUCAGGGCCAUGCGAAAGCCAAAACUUUGUGUAUAUCGAUGUUUUGAAUGCAUUUCUGUGACUUUUACCCAUUGAUUGUGAUAUAUAAUUGUUGCGUUCUGUUAUUUUUUUUAUUCAGCCAAAUUUAAUUUGUAGUAUGAUAUGCGGUGUCUGAUCACAUAAGUUUGCAAAGAGAUCUACUCAAUGUUUAUAAAUAAAAUGGUUUGAUUUAGUUCUCCCCUCAAAACAUGUAGUGUACAGCAGAUCACAGAUUAAAUAUAGGACUAUGAAGGCUUCUGCAAUGUUUGUGUUGCUUACUUUACAUUGUCAUGCACAUGUUUUUUUUCCUUUGGUUCAAGGGUUAAUGCAGUAGAUAUUGCCAAAUGUCAGUAUUUUAUUUUUUUUCUGCUUCUGCAUCAGCCACAUUUCUCACACUCCAUGCUCAAUUAGAUUAGCUGGGAAAGUCAAGCAGUGUCACAUGACAAGCUUAUAGCUCAGACUGCAUGUCUUAAUUCCUAGGGAUUGGUGGCUGCCCGGAGAGUUUUAGAUCCAAUCUUUCUAUUCUGGGCUAUUUUCUAUACCUUUUGUCUUGCAAUUAUAGCACUGUGUGCUCGGUUAUCAUGACCUCAAGGCAAGCAGUCUAACAUUGGCAGGCAUUAGACUGCUUCUUUGACUUGACACAUACUGCAGUUUACAAUGGAGUCAUCUGAGCACCGAUUUUCAUUUAUUUAUUGAAAUAUUCAGAGAGUAACUAAAGA